AGAAAAUGUCAUUUCAUUACAUUAUAAUAUUAACAGGGUGUGGCAAUGAGUAGUUGAUUAAUGUUGAUUAAAUAUAUUUUAUAAUAUUAUAAUUUAAGUUUAUAUUUUAUAAUUAUAUAAAAUGUUAACUCAAAAAUUAACCCUUAAAAAAUGUCGAUUUAAGUUACUUUAAUCAAUAUUUUGUGAAAUUUUUAUACAAAAAUCCCGAGAACUCAGCCGUUGGCAUCUCAUCUCAACAUGACGUGUCAAAAAAAAAACGGUCUUGCGGUGGACAUCAUAACUCAUGAUUGGUUCAUCUGAAAUCAAUAGACCAGAAAUAUUUCGAUAGUACAUGAAUAAAUCUAGUAAAUGAACGAAGGAAAAAAGAAAAAAUUGAAAUUUUAAUUUUUUACAUAGUUUUAUCCAAAAAAUUGUCUUUUUUGGUCAAAAUUUCGGCAUAAAUUGGCUCGAAAAAAAUAGUUAUAAUAACAAUAUAAAACAAUCCUUCGUUCAUUAACUAUAUAGUGUUAUUACAAAACACUCAAAAUUUGAAGAAAAUCGCCUCAUAACUUUUUGAGAUAUCGUGUUGACCGACUUGAAAAAAUUCAGUUUUGAGAUAAAUACGUUUAAAGUAUAUUUAAAGUAUACAUUCGUACUGAUGUAGCCUGAUGGACGGAAUUUCCAAAGGGUAUAUCUCCCUUUUACUUUGGGACUGUUGUAGUUACCCACUAUACCCACUAUAAGGUUGAUAAGUAUAGUUUUCUCAGCAAAAAUACCGUUAAAGUUGAUAGGCAACUUUUAUAGCAUUACUCUCAAAUAAAAUCAGUAAUUAAGAUUAAUAAAUUGUUGUCAAUGCCAAGAAUUGCAUGAGUACAUCUUCCUUGACAUAUCCACCAAUUUUUUUCAUAAUUUUCUGAACUGUUCUUGACGCAUUCUCGAAUUUGGUCCCAGGGUCCCAGCUCAUUAGAUUCCAAAAUAAUUUUGGAACACACAUUAUGCUGGACGUUCUGUUGUUGGACCACUUUUUAUGCGACUAUUUUUUACAGAUCUAUCGUUUUAUUCUCAGAAUUUCUUGGGAACAUUCAUUAUGCUGGACGUUCUGUUGUUAUAGCGUUUUUAGACGGGAGCUUAUUGAUCAAUUAACCGGCCUCUGCUCGAUUAAAACGCUUAUUAAGAUCGAAAUGUGUAACAGUUGAUCGUUUAUCGAGUAGCCAUCAGUAUAAGCGCCAAAAAGGGUUUCUCAAUAAAAAUUUUAAUUGAUCAAUUAAUUUGGCUGUCUAAAAAAACGCUAUUAUAAUCACUCAUUAGGCAUCUCAUCUAUUUGAAGUUUCCGAGCCUAAGUUGUAUUUAAUGAUAAUAAUAUAAUUAUAAUUUUAUAUAUAUAAUACAUUAUAUACAUUAUACAACAUAAGUUGACUACAGCACUUUUAAUAUAUAUACUUCUAAGAGGAAUUAAUUAAACUAAAGCUUUGGAAUUUAUUCUCAUUAAAAAACAUCUACACCCAAGAAUUGCUUCAAUGACUGAUCUUCCAAGUUUGGUCACAAUUCCUUAACUAAACUCAAAUUUUUCUGGGUUACCUACAUCCAACAGUCGUUAUGUUCCAGUACUAUUUUAGAAGACAAUUCUAAAUACCGGGCGAUCUGUUGAUAAAAAACUAUUUGUAACAUCUAAACAUUGUAAAUUUAAAGAGAUAGAUUUAAAUCUUUGUAACCAAAAUUUAAAUUGUAGAUUACGAUAAAACAUAAAAUUGAGUCCCUGUUAACUUCGAUAUCCACAUCUCUAUAAUAAUUCAAUUUCGUUUGACAUAUGUAAGUCAACUUAAGCUCUUUUAAUAUAUUGCUAAAAACAGUUAACUGAACUAGAAUCUGCAUAAUUUAUUCACACUAAUAUUGAAAUUAACCCGAGCACCCUUCCACUCCAGCACUAUUAUGUAGAAAUCUACGAAUAUAUGUCUGCUCUAUCAUAAUAAACACAAAUGCUGAUGUAUACCAGAGAGCUGCAACGGAUAUAUCAUUUUCGUGCACACUCGAAUGUCCACUCUGAUUUUGUUUGAUUAAACUUUUCGGUAUGAAUACACGUAUUGAUCGUUUGGAGAUAUGUUCAAAACGAACGAGCCUUUCGCGACACUCGAAACACAAGCAUAUAUGCUUGUUUUAACAGAGUGCCGAGUUGACACUCGUUUGUGAACGAGCUAGCACUCUAAACCGAUCGUAUUGAAUGUGAUCGAGUCACACACGAGUGUGCACAAAAUUUCAGAAUAUGUAUGUUUGUAAUUGGCAGUCAUGCUAUUAUUGCGUAGUGAUUGUCAACGAUUAUUGGUUUUGUUUGUUUUGUUUACUUUUUAUAAUUCAUAAUGGCAACGAUAGAAAAUUCGGGUUGUGAGAACAUUUCCAAUGGCACAAACACCUUAUCUGGUCUACACCUGAAAUUUGUGAUUUAAAAAAAAUUAAAAUAUUUAAGUGCAAUGAAAUGUUUUUUAUUUAUGAUUUAUAAAUUAAUAAAUAAAAUAAGUCUUGAGUGAAUUCUAUUCUUAAAUUGAAUUAUUCUUUUAUAAUAUGUACUAUGUACGUCUAAUAUUCAAAUUAUUCAACCAAAAAAGCUAAGACAGAACGCGUCAUCCCGACGCCAACAUAUGUACAUACAUAUCUGUGUACGUAUGUUUAUCUAUUAUUUUUUAGUCUUCGAGUGCCACUCGAGUGUUUCGAUCACAAUCAACACGUGCACGACACACCCGAAAAUAUAAUAUACAUAAAAUCCGAGUUUGCUGCUUGCACUCGAAGAUAGGACCGUCUUGAUUGUUCGUUUGCGUUAUUUUCGCUUCGGGUUCUAAACUCGAUCGAACACGUGUUUGAAGAGUGUUACGACACACUCGUACCGAAUUUAAGCUAGUGUGAUUGAACACACUCGAACAUACCCGAAGCUGCUCUCUGAUGUAUACAUAAUUAUAUGUAAGAAUAAUGAAGCGUUGCAGAAACAUUAAAAAAUGUGCAAUCGGCUAGACAGACAAUAAGUAAUAUGAUGCGAAACACGCGCAAAGUUCAUUUAUGCUGAGUAGUUUGUUGAAGUUUUCAUGCUAUCGUAAUGUCUGAUAUUUUAUUACUGUUGGUAUAAUUGUAUAUAUAUCGAGCGAAGCUUCUGCAUAUUGAAAAUUGUAAGGUUUAGAAAAAGAAUUAAUUAUUGUUAUACUGUUACAUAGUAUAAAAUGCACUAGGCACUAAAAGACCUUCAUUAUUUCAGUAACAAAAAAAAUGUUUCCAAGUUCAAAAUAAAGACAAAAAAGUUAUCAGAUUCUUCAAUGAAAGCUGUAACCUUUUUAAGCAUUUUCCGAAGUACAUCGAUGAUAACUGACCCAAAAUAAUGUCUUUGUAAGGUAUACAUGAUGUUCUGAUCGAGAUUUCAUCUCAGAAGACCGAUGUAGUCGUUUCUAUUGAGUUCGUGCCCACUUAUAAACUGUUUUUGAAACGAUUAACAUAUAUGAGCGGUUAAAAGAGCUUGUCCGCUAUCAAUCUGUCUACACAGCACUCAUUGACUAGGAAUAGGGGAAAGUAAUCUUUGGAAGGUUGUUAAAGGUCACUUGUUCGAGAACUCAUUACAAUUAUGGACCGUUUCUUCAAUAAUAGUAUGGAUAAGAGUAUAUGGUUAUGGUUUGGAAUAUUGUAUAGUGUUUUAGGGCACUCUUCAAUAAUUUAUGCUCGUCAGUUUGUUAUGGUUUCUUUUAAGGUUUUUAAACUAAAGUUUGAUUUGUUAUUGGAUAGAUGUACAGGUAUGUCCAGUGACCUUUGUCCUAAUGUGCUCUCUUCUCUUCUUCUUCUUCUCUCUCUAUCUCUCUCUUUCUUUACCUCUUACUCAUACAGUCUAGCGAAUAUAUAUGUACUAGACUAUCUAGGGACGCUGAUAACCUUUUUAAGACCUUUGAUGUUGUAUCCUCCUAGAAAAUUCUUAUCCACCGCCUCUUCAUAGCAAAAAUAAAUUUUUACAUUCCGUCUUUUUUCAUUGCGGUUCAAUUUAUUUUCGCUGUUCACGUGGCUUUACUAAUAAUAAUUCAUUAAGUAAUCACGACAAUGUUAUUUGCUAAUGUAUUUACCUAACUCUGCUUGAGUUUGUUUGUGUUCGUUUGUUUACUUGUUUAUUAGCAACUAAAUAAACGCAAAUAAUUGAGUGAGAAAGCGAUUUUACGCUGUGGGAAGUCAGAGAAGUAAAAAUGCUCAUUUAAUAUAGAAAUAAUCUAUAGAUUAUAUAUAAAUAAUUAUAAUUUCAGAGAAUAGAUAUAAUUUUAGAUAUUAUGUAGAUUUCAGAAUUUCAUAAAUAGAUAACAGAAUAAAUUUUAGUAAUCGUCUAGUUAUAUAAAUAUUAUUAAUAUAGAUAUAAUUGUAUACACAAUUACAUACAAACAAGUUUUAAUAUGUCUGGCUUUUAGUCGCUUCAUAAACAAACUGUAGUUAUUAUUAUAUAAAAAAAGAGUUCCGCAAAGCUUCUGCAUUAAAGCGCAGACACACAAGCUUUCCAAAAUUGCAGUUGUGGAUAUAUAUUCAUGCAUACAUAUGUACAUACAUACAAACGCCAUAUCAGCAGACAUUGCGGUAAUUUGAUAGUGUACACGCGCGUUGGCUUUCUGCAUUUACAUAUUUACAAACAGUUGUAUGCGCAUUGAAUGGCGUGUGCAGUUAUAAAUAUAUAUUAUAUAUAUAUAUGCAUUUGGUCUGAAAGUGCAUAACUCUUGCAGCUGGGCAUUGCACUUGUUGUGUCACUUUUGCUUCCUCGACAUUUUUCAUGUCGACGUCAAUAUCACUUCAUAAAACUAAGAAGACAGAUAUAUACAUAUUUAUAUAUACGAAUAUAAUUGUGCUACGCGUGUUUAUGCAUUUAUUGCUGCAUAAAAAAAUUAAAAAAAUAUAUAUUUUUUGUCUUUUUAUUUUUUAUUUACUUUCAUUACAAUUUUGCUUACUCACUCUCUUAUGCCAGCAAUUGUAAAUUUCCAUUUUAACAGCUGAUAAUUUCAUUGUAAAAAAUUUAGUUUUUAUUGUCUGUAUAAUGUGAUUCGCGCUGUUUACAUCUGUUUGGUUUUUCUUCUUCCCUUUAAUAAAUCACGCUUCGUUUGUUUAUUGUGAAAUCUCGCAUGCACUUAAGUGAUAGUAAAAGUAAUGGUUCAUGGCUAGAACGAAGAUGUAGCAGACUCCUCUUACUCAUGUGUUGAUAUAGGGAAUUUUUUAUAAGCUGAACUUUUGCUUUUACAAUGUUGCUGAUGAAAUUAAUAGAAGUCCGUGUAUUGAAAAUUAUAUGCUACUUGUGAAAUCUCACUCUGAUUCACUUUUGUUUACGCUAUUGGCACCUAUGACUUACUCAUGUUUACGCGCAUUCACUGAGUUACAUCUCUGCUGCAUUUUUGGCAAUAUGUUGCAUGUUAUACUAAAUGAAAUUUUCUGCUAUGGCAUCAGAAUUUUGUGGAAUAAUUUCGAACAUCAUAUACAUUUUUUCACUACUUUAUUUAUUAAUUUUUUAAUUAAAUUUUGGUUAAAAACAUGAAACAUUAUGCUGAACGAUGAAUGUGAAGAUCACUUGUUACUCAUACGCACCGUAGUACGCUUACUAAAAAUGUCAUAGACUUUAUAAAAGCAACACUUCUUAUUAAAUUUAUUGAGAGUUCAAAUUGAAGCAAAAAUGUUACUCAUACGCACCUCUGCACACCUACAUAUAAUACAAAUAUGUAUGAAAUAUAAGGCAACACAAAAUAAGUUUUGUGUUAAAUAUUUUUUAAUAGAAUGACUUCAAUAUAAUUAAUAUUUCAAAAUUAAAACAAAUAAAUAAGGUUAGUUAAUUUAUAAAAUUAUAUGUAUUACGCAUACGCACUGUAGAUCAACAACUUGCUUAAGGGGUUAGGUGGGUUUUGGAAAAAAUGUUGUCUUAUUAAAUAGUGCAAUAUGUUGAAUAUAAUAUCCAAAAAUAUCAAAUCAAUCCGAGUAAUAUUCUAAGAGAUAAACCCUUUGGAAGUUCCACCCAUCAGGCUACGUCAGUACAAAUGUGAAACUUUAAACGCAUUUAUCUCAAAACUUAAUUUUUCAAGUCAGUGGACACGAUUUUUCGAAAAGUUAUGAAGCGAUUUUGUUCAGUUUUUGCAAACAUCCAUUAUCUAGUUAAUGGACGCAGGAUUUUUUUAUUUUUCGAGCCAAUGUAUGGCGAAAAUUUGACCAAAAAAGUAAGUUUUUUGGUUGAAGUUUUGAAAAAUUCAAAUUUCAAUAGCUUAGUUUUUUCUUCGUUCAUUAACUAGAUUUAUCCAUGUACAAUCGCAAUAUUUUGGGUUUAUUGUUUUUAGAUGAACCAAUCAUGAAAUAUGAUGUCCACCGCAAGACCUUUUUUUACACGUCAUGUUGAGAUAAAGUGCCAACGACUGAGUUUUCGGAAUUUGUUAGUAAAAAUUUCACAAAAUACUGUUUAAAUAUGUAUCUUUGAUAUGCCAAAUUGUUUGAGAGAAAUAAAUGAUUGUAUAUAUUUAAAAAAAUGUAAAAAUACUCUUGUUUUUAGCUUCUGAAUUCGAGAUACGUUAUUCACAUCACAUAUAGUUAAUUAUUAUUCAUAUAGUACUUUACUACUACUAGCACGAUUCCAUAUAUUUAUUUGACUGUCUCAGAUAGAUUCACAUAGCAAAAAUAUUACCGUUGAAGCUGAGUUGUCAUUGUUGAAACAGCUUGAAUUUAAAUCAGAAGAUAUUUUUUAAACUAACUUUUGCAUACUUAUACAAAAGUGCUUCAAAAAAGUCAUCGUUACUUCCAUAAAAAAAAAAAUAAUAAAAGCAUUUCCGUUCUUUAAAGCCUGGCUAUCCACUUUUAUACACCCAUCAUAUGUACUCUCUAUACAAAUUGCUAAUAAUUCAGUCCACAUAACUAUUACAAUGUUUAAACCGCAUUCCACUUAAUACAAUUAAAUGCCACAAAGCUAUCACACAGUAAUUCAUUCCACACAACAAUUGUCUAUUGUGUUCGAAACUACUGUAUUCGCCACAUCACAAAUACUUGCGUUCAAUAUUAUAAGCGGCUUUUCUUCUAUACAAUUAGAAAAGAUUAGUUUAAAGAGAUUUUAAUUAAAUUGUAUCCAUUAGUUUAAUCGCCUUUUGUAUGCUGAUGAUACAGUUGAAAACAGUUCAAUUAUCGAUGUUAGCAAAUGGCUUAAAGUUUAUGCUAUAAAUCAAAUUGAAAUAUUUUUUUAUUUAAUCAAAUUUAAUUAAUUCUUCUUGCAAUGUCAAUGUCUACCCACCCUUAAUAAGUUAUACAUAUACAAAUAUAUCCCUUCCGAUUUUUUGCUCUUUAUCCAAUGCUUUAUAAAAAGUGUUACAGUGAUUGGAUUUAGUUCAAUCCGAAUCCGAUUCACUGACCUCCGACCACGACCGUUUUCGCUUGAUAUUGCCGUAUGCGAUCCAUUUUUCGUCGCCAGUUACCAUCCGCUUCAAAAACGGGUCGAGUUCGUGGCGUUUCAGCAGAAUAUCGCAGGCAUUGAUUCGGUCCAGAAGGUUUUUUAUGCAGCACCCAAACAUCAAGUUUUUUGUGUUUCCAGCCUCCUGCAGAUGGGUAAAAUAGUUUGUUACCUACUCCCAUCUCCUGGGUAAUGUCACGAGAUGCCAUAUACCGGUCUAACUCGAUGUUUCCAUGAUUCGGUAUUCAUCGUCACAGGCUUAUCAACCGGCUGGCCUAUCCAUGGUGUCUUUUUCACCCGCUCUGAAUAGUCGAAACCAUUCCUCCGCAGUUCGAAGUGAUAGAGUACCAUCCCCAAAACACCUUAACCCUAGAACCAUAAUAUGCGUAAAUUUUACGCAUAUACAAUUUUCAAAUUGUGUUUGCACAAGUGUGCCAUGACGUAACGGUACCCAGCGCCGGCAGUGCUUGUAGCAAUUAGUUUUAUAUAUGCAGGAAUGAGAAAACCCAGCAAAUGUGGUCAUUUGAAGGUUUGAGAGCAAGUGCAGCACAAGUCUAUGCGUAAAAUUUACGCAUUGUUGGUAAAAAGCGAAAAAAUCGAAUACGUAAAAUUUACGCAUUGUUGGUAAUAAGUGGAAUAAUUAUUCGUAAUAAAAGUAUACAACUGUUGUGCAAAUUUUAUGUAGGCUUGUUUUCACUGACGAAAUGGCAGCUGGAAAACCGUGUUUUUCAAAACAAAAAUUUGAUGAUGACGAUAUAGAGGUUAUUCUGCAUGAUGAAGAUUUUAGUGAUAUCAGUGGAGAUGGAGAAGAGGAAAAUGAAGAUUUCGAUAGCGAUGAUAGUUUGGCCGAUAUGAGCUAUUUUCCUGAUCCAAUUGAUGAAGCAGAGGUAGAAAAAGAACUAGAAGUUGUCUGGUCUGAAAAAAGAAAAACAGCAACAGCAUUGGAGGGGAAUAAGCAGACAAAAAUAAAACGUAAAACUUUAACAUUGCCAAAUUUGGAACAAGAGUUGGAUAACCAACUUGCGGAAAUUGGGGAAAAUAGUCAAAUUUUGGGCAAAAACGGUCACAUUUGGAAUAAUUUUCCAAUAAAACGUGAAUACGGUAAAUGCGCAGCACGAAAUAUUAUAUACAUUCGGCCAGGACCAUCGGGUAACGCCAAAGAAGCCAUGGAACCAAGCGAUGCAUUUAAACUGUUUAUUAGUGACGAGAUAUUGAAUAUUGUUUUAUACCAUACAAAUGCCAAAAUUUCUCAACUAAGAAAUAAAUAUCAAUCAAGAAAUGCCACGGUUUCAAAUACAAGUCUUAUGGAAUUGAAAGCCUUGUUGGGUUUGCUGUAUUUGUCUGCUGUUUUGAAGAGCAACCAUCUAUCAACUGAUAUCUUGUUUGACACUUCUUAUUCGGGCGAUCGAUAUAGAGCGACAAUGAGUAGACAUAGAUUCGAGUUUCUUCUAAACUCACUUCGUUUCGACGAUAUGACUACAAGAGAAGAGCGGAAGAAAAAGUCUUCAUUUGCGCCAAUUUCUGAAAUUUGGGAUAUUUUUGUUGAUAGUUGUACAAAGAAUUUUAAGCCUGGUUCCUAUGUAACCAUCGAUGAGCAACUUGUUGGUUUUCGAGGUAGAUGCCCAUUUAGGAUGUAUAUUCCGAACAAACCAAAUAAAUUCGGAAUAAAAAUUGUAAUGGUCUGCGAUGUCGCUACAAAAUACGUUAUUAACGCAGAGCCGUAUCUCGGAAAGUCUACUAAUACACAAGGAAAACAACUAGCCAAUUACUUUGUUGAAGGACUGACGAAACCUUUGCAUGGAAGUAACCGGAAUAUAACAAUGGACAACUGGUUUACGAGCAUCCCUUUGGCAACAAAACUGUUAAGUAAUCCCUACAGUAUGACAAUUGUUGGCACACUACGUAAAAAUAAAGCUGAAAUACCACCGGAAUUACUUGACACUAAGUCACGGCAGUGUGGCUCAUCCCGAUUCGUUUACAAUGAGAAUAUGACUUUAGUGUCAUUCCAGCCAAAACAAAAUAGGAAUGUACUAUUACUUUCGACGAUGCAUAUUAAUGGAGCGCUAGACCCAACCACAAAAAAACCUGAAAUUAUACUCACAUAUAAUUCGACCAAAGGCGCAGUUGACACUUUUGAUCAGAUGACUCAAAAUAUUUGCUGCAACAGAAAGACGAAACGGUGGCCACUUUGUUUCUUUUACAAUAUGUUAAAUAUUGCUUCAGUUAAUGCCUAUGUUUUAUAUAGUCACAAUGUAACACGAAACGGUCUUAAGCCUAUGAGUAGGUCAAAGUUUGUACUUAAACUUCAUGAAGAACUCACACAACCGUGGCAAGAGGAACGAUUGCUAAAUGCACGGUUGCCUACAAAAUUAAAAGAAAAAAUAAAUGAAAUAAUAAAAACUAACAACCCAAUAGGUUCAAUAGUUAGUCAAAAAGCUUCUCCGCAAAAGGCGAAAAGGAAAUACUGCACAUUUUGCCACUACACAAAAAGACGAUUUACUACAACAUAUUGCUCUGUAUGCAAAUCAUCAGCAAUUUGUGGUGAACAUCAAAUUAAAGUUUGUAAAAACUGUGUUAAUGAAAUUUAAUCUAUUCCUUCUCUUUUCUUUAAUAAAAUGAACUGAAUUUUCUUUUAAAAUCUUAUACUUUAUUUUAAAAAUAAAUUGUUUGAUAAGAAUUAUCAAUUUAGACUGCAAAAUGGCUCAAAAUCGGGUUAUAUU